UUAAAACCUCUCAAGUCAGUGGCAGCGCGUAAAAUCGACGCGCGAAGGCACACUCUUUGUUCAGGGAGCUUCAUUUCUCGUCUGUCUGGUUUUCUGGGCAAAACUGAAUCAAAACAAAAGCAAAAUUGAAAUACCCAAAUCUCAUAUCUGACUGGACAUGUUGAUUUGCUCAUCUUUUUCUGGUAAAGAUUGAUAAACUGAGCUUUUGUAUUGAAUUUGCAUAGCUUGUUCUAUGGAGAUAGAUCUUGAACUGCCCUCAUGUGAGCAGGGCAAGUUAGAGACUAGGUUGGAUAAAGAUGUUAAUAUUGUGGAGACAAAUGUUGAGAAGAAGAGUGAGCAUGUUAAAGAAGCUCAUGGAUUGAGAACAAACGAGAGUGUUUCCGGAGUUGAGGAUCAAGAUGAUGCAAACAAUGUUGAAGUUAGAGUAGUUGAUAAGGGGGUUGUUAAUACUGUGGAUGCCACAGAUGAGAUGAAUGUUGAGAAGAGCGGUGAGGCUGUUGGGGAAGCUCGUGGGUCGAGUGCAAACAAAAGUGCUUCUGAUUUUCAGGGGCAAGAUGAUGUGAACAAUGUUGUGGCGAAUGUAGUUGAUAAGGGGUUCGUUGUUCGUGAGCCUGAAAAUGGUUUGGAGUUUGAGACUAAGGAAGAUGCUUAUUCCUACUACAGAGAAUAUGCUCGCUCGGUGGGGUUUGGAGUCACAAUUAUAGCCAGUCGGCGCUCUAAAAAAACUGGCAAAUUCAUUGACAUAAAGCUUGCAUGUUCUAGAUAUCGAAAGCAGGAAGAUGGCGAUACAGAAAAUCGAAGAAUCCAACUAUUGAGCACAGGCUGCAAAGCUGGCUUGCAAAUGAAGAAGCGAGAGAAUGAAAAAUGGUAUAUACAUAGUUUUGUGAAGGAGCAUAACCAUGAGAUGGGGGAUGGUUUUAUUAAUGCUUUAGGGGGAAGAAACAAGAGACCUGCAACUGUUGCUUGUCAGAAGAAGGGUCUGCAGUUCACUUUAGAUAAGGAAGAUGUCCAAGUAAUGUUUGAACAGUUGAUGUGUAUGCAGGACGAGAAUCCCAACUUCUUCUAUGCCAUAGAGUUUGACAAUGACAAACGAUUGAGAAGUGUGUUUUGGGUUGAUGCAAACGGUAGGCGUGAUUAUAACAGUUUCUGUGAUGUAGUCUUGUUUGAUACUCAUUAUGUUAGAAACAACUAUAAAAUUCCUUUAGUUCCUAUUGUUGGAGUUAAUCAUCACUUUCAGUACAUUUUACUUGGAUGUGCAUUGCUUGGAGAUGAGACUACAGCGGCUUUUGUUUGGUUAAUGCGGACAUGGCUAAAAGCUGUGGGUGGCCAAGCUCCAAGAGUGGUUAUUACUGAUCAAGAGAAAUACUUGAAGGAAGCUGUAGCAGAUGUAUUUACUGAUGCAUGCCAUCGUUUUUGUUUAUGGCAUGUAUUGACUAGGAUUCAUGACAAUGUGGGUUCCAUAAAUGAAGAUGCAAUAUUUCAGGCAAAAUUGAACAAAUGGAUUUACCGGUCUUGGACUGUUCAACAAUUUGAAAAGAGAUGGUGGAAAUUGAUUAACAGAUUUGAACUAAGGGAAAAUGAACGCCUUUGCUUAUUCUCAUUGUAUGAAGAUCGGAAAUACUGGGCUCCAGCUUAUAUGCAGGAUUCGUGUUCAGCUGGAAUGUCAACAGUUGAACGAUCUGGAAGUAUAACUUCAUUUUUUGAUAGGUACAUAUCUCAAGAAGCUAUGGUUAAGGAUUUUAUGGAGCAGUACAAAACAUUUUUGAAAGAUAGGUACGACAUGGAAGCAAAUGCUGCUUUUGAAGCACAGAAUAAACAACCUGAAUUAAGAUCACUCUCACCUUUUGAGAAACAAAUGUCAACUAUAUAUACAGAUACAAUAUUUAGAAAAUUUCAAGGCGAGGUUUUGGGAGUAGAUUCUUGUCAUUUGCAUAAGGAAGGUCAAGAUGAAGCAACUGUAAUAUUCCGAGUUGAUGACUUGGAAGAACGGCAGAAUUUCAUUGUAGCGUGGAAUGAACCAGAAUUAAGAGUAUGCUGUUUAUGUCAUUCAUUUGAAUACAAAGGUUUUCUCUGUAGACAUGCACUUCUGGUCCUUCAUAUGUCUGGUGUUUCCAGAAUCCCAUCCCAUUACAUUUUGAAGCGCUGGAUGAAAGAUGCAAGAGUUAGGCACACUGUUAGUGAUGUGUCAAAGAGGCUUAACUACAGGGUGCAGCGGUUCAAUGAUCUGUGUAAAUUAGCCGUUAAAUUGGGUGAGGAGGGGUCUUUGUCUCCAGAAACUUACCAGAUUGCAUUUCAAGCAUUAGACGAAGUACUGAAACAAUGUGUCAAUGUCAACAAUUCUGUAAGGGGGGUUUCAGUACCCAAUCCAUCAUCUAUUCAUGGGUCAAAUGAUCUUGAGGAAGGGAAUCACAGCGGCGGAAUGGCUAAGUUGUCUAAGAAAAAGAAAACGCACAGAAAAAGAAAGGGGCAAACUGAGCCAGAUGGUACACCUAUCAGGUUGCAAGAUAGCUACCAGCAGAUGGAAUUGAUGAACUCCAGAGCACAUAACCUUGAUAGUUGUCACGUUCCUCAGCAGGAAUUGCAAGGGGAACUUGGUUCUAAAGGUCGUGCUCAGGAUAGCUGUUAUGGUGCUCAGCAGAGUGCAAGAAAUGGGACGGUUGGAGUCAGUAUCUCCUAUCUGUGAUGGUUACUAUGGCAAUCAACAGGCAUCACGGGGACAUUUGCAUUCGUUACCAACCCGUGUUGGUCAUUAUGGGACCCAACAGAGUAUGCAAGGAAUGUUUCAGGGGCAACUUGUUUUCAGAGCACCAGCUGUGCAUAGCUCUUUUGACAUAAGGGACACUCUAAAAGAUCUGGAACAGUCUGCAGGAUCCUCACGCUGUCAUGGUACAUCAAAGCAUCCACUCAAUAAGCACUUACCACAGUAGCUGAUAAAGCAAGGGAUCUCAAUUGUAGUUCAAUUGUAAAUAAAGCCUCAUGUUUGUAGAUGGAGAUAUAAAGAAAUCUCCUAUGUAGUAGUAUACCCAAGUUUUUUUGUAUAUAAAUUUACAUAUAAUAGUACUUAUGUCACACCAUCCACAUUUACUAUUGUUCUCUUGCACAAACAUUGUUUGAAAUGGAAAAAGAACGGUUAACAUCAA